AAGAAACUACAUGAACAGCUGUGAAGACAUCAGGAGAAUUAAAUUCACAGUCACAGCCAUUCAGAGCCAUCAGGCCUUCUUAGGAGCGAUAAUACGGAGGAAGAGCAAUUACUGGGGAAGGGAAUUGAGGACACAGUUUGGAGCGGGGGGGGCAGCGGGGCGACUGCUGAAGGUUUUGAGCCAUUUUACGAAGCGUCAGGUAACGAGGGACAGAGUCUGCUGCAACACAAAGCAUGGCUUUCACCAUGAUCCGAUCUAUGCCCGCUCAUGUCAUGUACCAGGACCUUUCUAUGAUGUCUGAGGAUGAGGAGAACAGAAGCGAGAGUGACAAUUCUGAUCAGUCAUUUGGAUGCUAUGAAACUUCAGGAAAGAGGAUGAAGGUGUCACGGAAGACCGGGCAGGUGGUGGUGGUGAAGCAGAGGCAAGCGGCCAAUGCCAGGGAAAGGGAUCGGACACAAAGUGUUAACACAGCCUUCACUGCCCUUCGCACACUGAUACCCACAGAGCCAGUGGACAGGAAGCUUUCCAAGAUAGAGACUCUACGCUUGGCAUCUAGCUACAUCUCCCACCUGGCUAAUGUGCUACUGUUAGGGGAGGGCUGUGAAGAUGGGCAGCCGUGUUUCAGCACAGUGUACAGACCCCGGGAAGAGUCAGAAGGAAAACUGCCACGCAGCAUCUGCACUUUCUGCCUUAGCAACCAAAGGAAGGGGGCCUCUAGGAGGGAUCACAGUGGCUGUCUGAAAGUUCGAGGACUGAACACUGUACGUAUUCCACAAAGAUGAUCGUCGCUUUUCGCCUGAAGAGGAAAC